AGUAGAUGCACGCUGUGCUGCUAGGACACGACUGGACGGGUCCAAACUUAAACUCCUGUAGAUUAUGCAGGUGAUCAUAUGCUAAUUAAUACUCCAACAGUCCACUAAUCCCCAUUCUCCAAGCUCGGACUAAACAAUCCGCACAAGAGGCGAGGGACAAGACAAUGGAUCCUACCAGUAGGCCGCCACCGCCAGUUCCAGCGCCGCGUCCAGACUCCACGGGAGUAGCAGGUCGUCGUCGAUCGGCAUCUUGAUUUUUAUUUUUGCGCGCGCGCCCAGAUCCCACCGCGGCCAAUGGCGCCCCUCGGACCUGCCCGAGUCAACCCCUCCCGCCUCCAUGCCAUCGUCACGUCGACACCGGCGCCCCCAUGAGCCGACCGCUUCGCUUUGGCCAUGGGGAGACCCUCGCCGAUCCGCCCACUCCUCCUCCUCGCCGUCCUUGGCGCCCUCGCCAGGCUCUGGCGUGCCGACGCCGGCACGGUCCGGACGGAGCUCGUCGCGCCGGACUUCGAGGCGUCGUACCUCCUCUUCAUCGACACCCUCGGCGUGUUCCUCCGGUCCAGCAGCGGCGCCUUCGAGGCCGCGGUGCACAGCCCGGCGGGGCAGCAGGACCACUACUACCUCGCCGUGCUGCACGCGCCGUCCGGGACCUGCGUCUGGGCCGCCAACCGCGCCGCGCCCAUCACCAACCGCGCGGCCCCGUUCCGCCUCUCGUCGGCCGGUGUCUCCGCCGAGGACGCCAACGGGACCGUCGUCUGGUCUACGCCGCCCUUCGCGUCCCCCGUCGCCGCGCUCCGCCUGGCCGACUCUGGCAACCUCGCGCUUCUCGACGGGCGGAAUGGCACGCUCUGGCAGUCCUUCGACCGCCCCACGGACUCGCUCGUGUCGUCCCAGCGGCUCCCCGUCGGCGGGUUCCUGUCGUCCGCCGUGUCGGCCUCGGACCUGGCCGAGGGGGACUACCGCCUCAACGUCACCGCGGCCGACGCCGUGCUCGCGUGGAUGGGGUCCUUGUACUGGCGGCUGUCGGGCGAAGCCAUCGCCGUCAAGGAUCGCGACGGCACGGUCGCGUACAUGGCCGUGAACGGCACGGGGAUAUACCUUCUCGCGGCGGACGACACCGUCGUCGUCCAGGCCGCGAUGCCGCCUGCCGGGCUGCGCAUCGUUCAGCUGGGCGUCGACGGGAAGCUGCAAAUCUCGAGCUUCGCGUCGGCGAACUCGUCGUCGUCGCCCAUGGACGGCGGGAUCGUGGCGCCGAGCAGGGGAUGCGCCCUCCCGCUCUCAUGUGGCGCGCUCGGCCUCUGCACGCCCAACGGCAACGUUUCCACCUGCACGUGCCCGCCGCCGUUCCCCACGGCGCAUGACAACGGCUGCGCGCCGUCCGUUGGCUCCACAUUGCUGCCCGAGGGGGGCUACUGCGGCGGCGGCGCUGGCGGCGGCUCGAUGAUCUCGUAUCUCAGCCUUGGGAGUGGCAUUGCGUACUAUGCCAACAAGUUCUCGCCGCCGGCCACGGCCGGCUCCAACGCGUCGUCGUGCCAGGCACUCUGCACCAGCAACUGCUCCUGCCUCGGCUACUUCUACGACUCCUCCUCCUUGUCCUGCUACUUGGCGCAAAACCAGCUCGCUUCGUUCAUAAACACCAACUCGAGCAACGGCGCCGGCAUGUCCGGCUACAUCAAGGUGCAAAGCUCGCAACGGUCGUCGUCGGACAGUUCGUCUUCCAACAAGACACUCAUCGCCAUCCUGCUCCCAACCAUCAUCGCAUUUGUGCUCGUCGUCGUCGUCGGCGCUAUCGUCAUCGCGUCACGGCGCAAUAAGGACGAACAGCGCGUGGGGAGGCGCGCUUCGCGGUCCAGGGACGUGCAGCUCCGGCGCCAGCGCUCGCCGGGGUCAGCCUCGGCGCACCUUGUGCGCGAUCUGGACAACGAAGACGAUGGCGAUGACGACAUUGUCAUCCCCGGCCUCCCCACCCGGUUCACGCACGACGAGAUCGAGGACAUGACCAACAGCUACCGCACCAAGAUCGGCGCCGGCGGGUUCGGGGCCGUGUACAAGGGUGAGCUCCCGGACGGCUCGCUUGUGGCCGUGAAGAAGAUCGAAGGCGUCGGGAUGCAGGGGAAGCGCGAGUUCAUGACGGAGAUCGCCGUCAUCGGCAACAUCCACCACGUCAACCUCGUCCGGCUCCGGGGGUUCUGCACCGAGGGCCACCGCCGCCUCCUGGUGUACGAGUACAUGAACCGCGGCUCCCUCGACCGGCCCCUGUUCCGGCCGGCGGGGCCUCUUCUCGAGUGGAAGGAGCGGGUGGACAUCGCCAUCGGCGCGGCGAGAGGGCUCGCCUACCUCCACUUCGGGUGCAACCAGAGGAUCAUCCACUGCGACGUGAAGCCGGAGAACAUCCUGCUCGCCGACGGCGGGCAGGUGAAGAUCGCCGACUUCGGGCUCGCCAAGUUCCUGACGCCGGAGCAGUCCGGGCUGUUCACGACGAUGCGGGGCACGCGCGGGUACCUGGCGCCGGAGUGGCUGACCAACACGGCCAUCACCGAUCGCACGGACGUGUACGGCUUCGGCAUGGUGCUCCUGGAGCUGGUGCACGGCCGCAAGAACCGCAGCGAGCACGUGAGCGACGGCGGCGGCGGCGGCGAGGACUCCAACUCCUCGAAUGGCACGGCGGGAAGCUCGUCGCGCAGCGGGAGGAACGACUACUUCCCGCUGGUGGCGCUGGAGGGGCACGAAGCCGGGCGGUACGCGGAGCUGGCGGACCCGCGGCUGGAGGGGCGGGUGGUGGGCAAGGAGGUGGAGAGGAUGGUGAAGGUGGCGCUGUGCUGCCUGCACGAGGACCCGCACACGCGGCCGAGCAUGGCGGUGGUGGCCGGCAUGCUCGAGGGCACCAUGGAGCUGGGCGAGCCGCGCGCGCAGGCGCUCGGGUUCCUCCGCCUGUACGGCCGGGGGUUCGCCGGGCCCUCCGACGGCAACGUCAUGAAGCAGGCGAUGGUGGAUGAUCGCGCCCGGUCGGAGACGACGAUGACGACGAUGAGCGGGUGGCCGUCGUACAUGUCCUCGUCGCAGCUGUCCGGCGCGAGAUAGCGCCAUGGCUACGGUGCCAGUGAUAGACGUUGUUCUUCAUCGGUUGAUUCCUUGGUAGAAGAGAGGGGGGUUGGUUGGUCUGUGAGGGAGAUCUUCACCUGUAUCUCUGCAGUUUUGCUGCAUCGUGCUCUUUGUCGUCAGAUUUUUCCUUCAGAGUAAAUGGAAAUAUGGAUUAGGAAGAGAGUUCAAACGAAGAUGGAAUGCGGUUUAGCUAAUUCUUGGUUGUCUUUCUCUCUCCAAAUAUUGGAAGAACAUUUUUUAUGCUGCAAAAGUAUUUGUCCAUAA